AUGCCACCUCGCCACCACCGCCGCUAUGACUCUCUAGCGUGUAGUUCUGAACUCUGUUUCUUGGUAAAACUGCGAGAGGCUGUGCCACAUGAAAGGGUACUGGGGCGGGCGGCCCUCAAUCCUCCACCUUCCUUGUCGGGCGCUGGUUUGCUCUGCUGCCCAGUGACAGUCCUGGAUGUGAGCAGUGUCCCCCCUCUGCUUUGUCCUCAAGACUGCUACAUCAAGGCCUGCAGAGGGUGGGGACUUGAGGGCCACAGGCCCAGCCCUGGGGACCUUGGCCGUGGGGCCAGUGCUGGGGUUCAGUCAGGGUCUGGCUGGCUUCAGCUGUCCUUAUGCGUCCUCAUGGCCAGCGCACCUGUGACAGGUGAGGUGAGGGCCACUGUGCCCUCUGGCCCGUCCCCCUCUGCCAGCCCCGAGUGCUCCCAGCCAGUCGGCCGCGCCUGUGGUGCUGAGUCCCACCUACACCUGCCGCGGCAGAUCUUCUGGGCAACGAAGACACAGCUUUUGAGGAGCUCGUUCCUGAAGCAGCACCUGUACAAGUUGAAACUGCCAAGGAAUCCAAAAGAAGUAGAGAAGUUAUCAGGUGUCGGGAAACGCACCUCAGGAAUCUGCACGUUUGAGCUGGAAGGAAAUGCCUGCAGCCUGACUGACAGCACGGCAGAGGAGCACGUGCUGGCCUUGGUGGAGCACGCAGCUGACGAGGCUCAGGACAGGAUCAGCCGGCUCUCACAGGGGGCAAGGAGCCAGAAAGCUAAACACUGUGGGGCCUGCAACAAGUGUGUCUUUGACUUUGACCACCAUUGCAAAUGGCUUAACAACUGUGUAGGGGGCAGGAAUUACAGAUAUUUCUUCAGCUCCUUGAUUUCCGCCUCGGCCAGCCUGCUCUGCCUGAUCACCAUCCUGCUAUAUGUCUUCAUCCAGUACUCAGUCAACCCGGAGGUGCUGCGUACUCAUACCCUCUAUGAAGAUGUGCCCAAGGACACUUGGCUGCUGUUCCUUCCUUUUUUCCCUGUAAAGACGAAGGCCCUGGUGGUCCUGGGCAUUGGGGUGUUCGUCCUGCUGCUGUCUGCCCUCAGCCUCCUGAUGUCUGGAUACCUGUUCAUCUUCCACCUCUUCUUAAUGUUCAAGAAGUUGAGCACAUAUGAGUAUGUGAUACAGAAACGCUAUCAAAAGAUUCCAAAAGUUCCAGCAGGGAGGAAAGAGCUGUCCUUCAAAAUAAGCAUACCACAGCAAGAAGAUGACCUGAGUCUGUCUGCACGUAGAGAGCAGUGCAAGGAGGCCCUGCCGGCCCCGCCGCAGCCGAGGUGCCCGGGUCUGCAUUCCACCAUCCCCACGUGCCAGGAGAGCUCCCCGCUGCAGGCAGCCACAGGUGACCUGAAAUCACUCUCACACAGAGUGAAGUUCAGCCACCUGCUGCCGGAUGUGCACUCAGGUCCACCCUCCUCCACCAACACGUUCACGGAGGACUCGUGGGUGAUGGAUAUAGACAGCAGCCUGACUUUAUCUGCCCUCAGCCUACCUGGGAGCAAGGUAUCGUCGUCGCCAUCCAGUGACUUCACCCUACACCCCACCUUGGCUGCCGGCACAGAGGACCACCUGCCGCUGAAGGUCUCAAAGGACCAACAGGAAAUGAGUUUGCCUGUGGAAGGAGACAGUGCUGAGGGCAAAGGCCCAGCUUCAGGAGCCGAGGAGCCCACACUGGCCAAAUGGGCUGUCCACACACCAAUGGCCUUAGAGAUCCGGGCUCAGGAGGCAGCCCUGGAGAAACUCAGGCUCCCGCACACACUGCUCUCCGGCAGCCCGAAUGUGCCGCACAUGGAUGUCCCCUUGGAGAGGCAGCAGGUCUACAGCAUGGAGCCUGCCACUGUCACCACCACCAGGAAGCCUGCAGAUGGGCAGGUGUGCAAUGGAGAGGACAUCCAGCUUCCAGGACAGAUAAAAGAGGUGACUUGGGACCAGGCAUCGCCAUCCAGCUAGGAAGCAGAGGGCCCGCUCGAUGCUCAGGGAGAGACCAGGGUCAACCUGGAUACCUCUGUCAGCACAACUUGUGUCCGCCCUGCCACGGAAGCCCCUGAGUCCAGGGCAGGCGCUCACCCCGACUCCCAUGAUGCCUGACUGGCCUGAGGCCGGCAGGCGCUCCCGCCAUGUUCAUGAUGCAGUGCAGCCCUCGACUCUAUGCAGGCACCAGUGGCAGCCGAUGGCCUGGCUUCCUCCAAGCAGAGUGCUGGGUCCUGCAUCCAGAGUCAAGGAAAGAAGGGAGCCUGUGCACACCCUGACUUGUGCUACACGGAAAGACUUUGACCACCCCUGCGCCUCACUCCACCUGGAAGCCAUACUUGAAAGGCAUUCAUAAGUUUCCAAACACGUCCCCAUCGUGCUCCAAGAUUCAGGACAGACUUGGUGUGAUGUUUUCACUUGUGUUACUUAGGAAUGUUGACAACUGUUAUGAACCUAAGUAGCCUUUAAGGAAAUUCUUCAGAAUUUCUUAGAAAGUUAUACGAAAUAAUAAAAAAUAAUUUCACCGGCAA